AUGGGAAAUGGGUUUCUUGAUAGAGUGGAAGACAAUGCGGCUGUCCGGACUUGGUCUGAGAAGAUACAGCAUGAAAAGGGUGAUAGUUUGGUCGUGGGAUACGUAGACAAGCGUCUGUUUCGAGCUCUUGUCCAGUUUUGGAAUCCGGCCUACAGUUGCUUCACAUUCGGAAAGGUUGACCUGGUGCCUACAAUAGAGGAGUACACGACUUUACUUCGGUGUUCGAAGGUACAGGUGGAUAGAAUUUAUUCGAAAGCGGUGAAUGUACCAACCUUCUUGAGGAAGUUGAUGAGUAUAACAAGGAUGAGUGAGCAGUGGGUUACAGCUCGGAUUAAGCAAAAAGGGGAUAGUAGGUGUAUUCCUUGGAAAAGCUUGAAGGACCUCAUUUUAGCACACCCAGAUGCGAGGAAGAAAGUGGACAUCUUUGCUCUAAGUAUAUAUGGUCUAAUCUUGUUCCCUAAGAUUUUGGGACAUGUUGAUGAGGCGGUCACUGAUUUAUUCGACCGGCUUGACAAGGGAGUUACGCCAGUUCCGGUGAUUUUGGCAGAAACCUUUAGGUCAUUAAAUGCAUGCCGAAGAACGGGAGAGGGCAGAUUUAUUGGAUGUGCGCAGUUAUUACUUGGGUGGUUCCAUAGCCACUUAUGGAAGGUUGAUAAGGUUUCAUAUCAGGUCUUCUCUGAAAGUUAUUCACCGUUGAAAGAGAUAGUGGCUGCAUCAAGGAGAGAUGAUAUUACAGAGGAGAAAUGGAUGGCAAUCUUUCAGAAUCUGCAAGAAGAAGAUAUCAAGUGGAGAGCUCCGUGGUUGCUUCCAGAUGAGAUCCUAUAUAGGUGUGGCGAUUUCGACUGGGUUCCGUUGCUCGGGAUUUGGGGAGCUGUUGGCUAUGCCCCAUUGCUAGUGUUAAGACAGUACAGGUUAAGACAGAUUGUGCCUGCCACUCAAGGACUAGCUGAGUGUGAAUUCUCAUAUAAGGAUGAUGGCUACAAAAGGAAGGCUCGUGAGAUGGCCAAUGCGUGGAAUCAGACUCGCAAAAUGAAGAGGUUAGCCGUCGGUCCAAUGACAACUUCUGAAUAUAACGAAUGGCGUGCUAGGAGGAUCAAUGACAACAUUAUCGGGCCAAGUUCAGAAAAUAGUCAGUCGAUAGAGGAGCAUUUGCGCGUCGUCCCUUCUGAGCUAGAAAUCAUAAAGCAAGACCUCGAAAGGAAGAAUGCAGAGUUAGAGAAAAAACUAGAACAAAUGGAGGAAGAAAAGGUGAAUUUAAAGUUGGACAUAGAUGUUCAAAAGCAGGAAACUGAAGGCCUGAGAAAAGGGAAGCGCAAAGUCGAGGAGGAUCUGAACAGCUUGAAGACGGAUUAUAAGAGACUACGUCGUCGUGAAGAAUCAUUGGUUGGGAAAAACCUCGAGCAAAUGGCGUCAAGAGUGGUGGAACUGCAAGCAAGUCUAAGUAGAAUUGAGCAAAUGAAGAAAACUAUAGAAGAACUAGAGGUGGCAUUGCAGAACUGUGAAGCCAGGAUUGAGUAUUUGGAGGAAAACAAAGAUCAUCAAAGCGAACAGCUUCACUAUCUCCAGAAUCAGGUCAAAAGCAGGGAUCGUGUCAUGGGACAAGCCUUGGUUCAGAUUCGAGAAGUAGCUGAUCACUUAUAA